AUGAGAUCGCUGGAGACCGAGGUGUCCCGAUUACGAGAGGCCUACACCACUGAAAUUGCAGAGGCCAACGCAGCACUUCGGCAACAUAAGGAGAUGAUUCACGCGAUGCAGGAAGAAAACGAGAUUCUGAAAGAAAUUCUCGCCGCCAACGGCCUCCAAUAUGAAGCGGACUUAGAGCGCCGCCGCGCAGAACGCCCACCGAUGCCGCUCCAAUCGAGCCCCAUUACUGCUGCCGGUAGUAGCACGGGAUCGCAGACUGCAGCCCUCACGAACACGGCCAGUAAUCCCAACACCACUCCUGCAACCACCAUCUCAUCCGACAUGAGCCCACGCGCCAAUGGCAUGGACCAUACCGAGAUCUCGCCUCCCAUUGGAUACGCCCCGCAGCAGGUCUACCAACCGGGCAUGGGCGAGCAUCCCAUGGGCAUGGAUCAUUCCUCAUGCGCACCGGUUGAUACCAUGCAGCCCAUGCCGGCCAUGGCUAUGCAAAGGGGUGUUUUCGAAACCGAUCCACAGCUGCAGGUUGACUUUAUCCUAACACUGGAGGGCCCGUGCCGCGAACAUACGGACUAUCUCUGUCGCCGCUCGAUCACAGAAGCCGAUGACGAGGACAUGCCGUUCUCCGGCCACGCCCUGAUGGCAACAUGUCCUCCGCCUAGCUACAUUGCCAAAACCACACAUGAACAACCAUACCCGCACAAGGCACCGGAUCUCCCUCACGCAAACCUCAGCACACUCCUCAACCUCAGCCGACAGCUCGUCACAGAAGGUCAAAUCACACCCAUCAUGGCAUUACAAUGUCUCAAAAACCACGAGCUAUACAGCACGCUGCGCCGCGAAGACGUCAAGAUCAUCAUGGACACCCUCAACACCAAAGUCCGCUGCUACGGCUUCGGCGCUGUCGUCGAAGACUUCGAAUUGAUAGACUGUCUAAGCAGCGUGCUCGGCACCAAGGUCGAUCUCGGCAUGUCCGGCCGAGCCGAUGAAACUAUGUAUGGCUAG